GAAGCUCCCCGCGACAGGAACUAAUAUAUAAGAUGAGAACAUUAGAGGAAGAAUCUCUGACCAAGUGCAAGGCAAUAAUAAGGAAGAUGAAGCGUGCGAUGCAAAAACAAAGAAACAUCAACAUGGAUGUCAAGGACGGUACAGCUGAACUUACGGAGCUCUUCGAUGUUAUAGAGAGCUACAGAGCGAGCUGGAAAAAAGCUGAAGGCGAAAAAAUAAAAGAAAUGAGUAAGGCAAUACCAAAGACCUUGAAGAUAGUCGACACCCCGCUGUCGUCAACCCAAAUGAGAGCAGCUGCCAGCCCGGCAUUACAGGACUCAAGCAAAAAAGCCAGAGAUAAAGAAUCAAAUAAUGGCUUUCAAACAGUGACUAACAAAAAAAGGAAAAAAUAUCCAAAAUCGGACGAUCGAAAUUUAAAAAGAGACGUUAAUGGAGAAAAGAAAGAUAAACCUAGGACAAGAGUAAGAUCUCGACCAGAUGCUGUGCUAGUAAGGCUAACCGAAGGAAAGAGCUAUGCAGAAGUUCUGAGGGACCUACGAAAUAGCGUGAAACCAGAAAAUGAUGUCAGUAAUAUCCUGUCGAUUAGAAAAACAAAAUCAGGUGACAUGCUCCUAGAAUUGUCUAGGGGGAGCAAAGCCGAACUAUUAUGCGAGACUAUCAAGACCAGGCUCAAGGGUGAUGCAACAGUUAGAACCAUGAAACAGCAAACCAAACUGGAAAUUCGAGAUAUAGACAGUAUUACAGAGGAAAGCGAGAUCAUUUCCGCAAUUAAAACUGGGAUAGGAGAUACUACCGAAGAAAUCAAAAUUCAUCUGACUGGAGUAAAUAGCUCGGAGCAACGACGGGCCUUCGUUACCUUAACGACAGAAGAUGCAGCGAAAAUAUUGAAGGACCCAAGAAUCAGGAUUGGCUGGACCCUGUGUCGAGUAAAAGAAUGCAUCGACACUAUGCGAUGCUAUAAAUGCUUUGGAGUGGGACACACGCAAAGGGAUUGUAAGGGACCAGAUCGAAGAAACCUAUGUAUCAGAUGCGGAGAGGCUGGGCACAAAAUGAAAGAAUGCAAAAACCCAGUAAGAUGUUGUGUUUGCGCAGCGGAGGAAAGGAUAGAGCUAAACCACCUUCCUGGGACUACAAAAUGUCAUAGCGGCGCAAGUAAAAACAGGGAAUGAAAGUCCUACAGGCAAAUAUGCACAGAAGCAGAACGGCCAAUGAUCUGCUGCUUCAAAUAGCGUUGGAGCAUCAUGUAGAUCUAGCCAUUAUUAGCGAACAAUACAAAACUCGGGAGGACGGUCUGUGGAUAGAAGAUGAGACGAAAACCGCGGCUUUAUGGAUCCCAGCUUUCAGCACCGUUACACACCACACCCCCAUUAGACAGAAUUGCUACGUAUCAGCACAAGUUGCGGACUGGACCGUUAUUAGCUGCUACCUAACCCCCUCCGAUGACAUUACGACUUUCCAAAGAAAACUCGAAGAUAUCGAAGAUGCUGCCAAGCAAGCUCAGGGAAAGGUUCUAU